AUGGACGACUCCCAGCCCCAGUCAUUGCAUGUCCAUCCCAUCGACAAAUAUGGCCCUAAAUUUGUCGAGAAGGCUGACAAGAUACAUCGCCGGGUCACUAUGAAUGACCAGUCAAAACCUGCUGGAGGCUUCGAUGCCACUCCCAUUCCCCAUGCUCCACCAGGCUACACCCUCAAGAUUAAUUUCCAUCGUGCAAAGGACCUACCCGUCGCGGAUUUUGGCAGUUUCUCCUCCGAUCCCUACGUCUCCGCGCAUAUGGUAGUCGACCUGCCGACCCGCCAUAAACAAGACCCCGACCUGCGCUUCCGUACCCCGACCAUACGCAAGGACAUGAACCCCGAGUGGGAAUGCGAAUGGAUUGUCGGAAAUGUCCCCGCUUCAGGAUUUCAGUUGAAAUGUCAUCUCAUGGACGAGGACCCCGCGGAUCACGAUGACAAGCUGGGAAUCGCUUUCAUCGACGUCCCCACACUCUCGGAGGACUGGGCAGGUUUCAAGGAGAAGUCCUUCAAGGUCAAAAAGCGCUUUGGGAGCAAGCGCGUCUACGUCUUUACAAAUGUCUCGGCCUUUGCGACUGGUCACCGCAAGGAGUCUUGGCUGGUGGUCAGUAUCGAAUGCCUCGGCAAGACUCCUGGUGCGGAGGGGGGUCAGGUCUACACUAUUGGUCCCAACCAUUGGUUUAAGCAUUUUUCUCCUCUGAUCGGACGGCUGGCUGGCAUCAAAGACCAGGUUCAAAGCAAAGAUGGCAGUGGCAAGUCGAUCAGCCGUUACAAUUUCCAAGCUAUUCAGAUGCAGCUCACGGGUCCCAUCCCUGCAGAGCUAUACCAUCGCUAUGUAGAGUUCAAGCCAUUCGUGGCAGGAAUGUUCCAGGCGCAAAGUCUACGAGGACGUAUCCUGCAUAAAGCGCUCCACCACCAACAUCAGCGCAUCUACAAUUUUGAUCGCACUACCUUACAUGGGUCUUUCCAGACGCCUUGCCGUGAACUCGCCCAGAAGUUUUUGGAGUUUGCGCACUAUGGCCAGGGUGGGCGGAUCUUCACCUAUGUGCUCACCUUGGACGGACAACUCCGAUUUACCGAGACCGGCAAGGAAUUUGGCAUCGAUAUGCUGAGCAAGCACACCAUGCACAGUGAUGUGUCUAUCUACAUUGCGUACUCGGGUGAAUUCUUCCUUCGGCGGCGCAAACAUCGCCAUCGCCGUAACUCCCCAGAAGGGCGCGCAGAGCGCGCAGAGAAUGCAGACAAUGCAGAGCGCGCGGAAUCGAGCACGGUGCCUACCGACGAGUUUCCCGUGGAGGAAGAUGAGGAUCAUAAUGAGGGCGAGGAUCUGGAUCAAACUGAAGAAGGGAUCCCUAUCUCGACCAAUCCAGCGGAUUACGAACUCUUUAUUGAUAACGACAGUGGAACCUACCGACCUAACGCAGAGAAGCUACCGCUCCUACAGGAAUUUAUCUCUUCCAACUUCCCCGGUCUCCAUGUUACCACUCUGGAUUGCCAGGCGGAUGCGGAACGAAUGGGAAAUUUGAAGAACGAGCAGCGCGAAUUCAAGAAGAACGCAGGCAAUGUCAUUACGUUCCUGCAGCAAAGCAGCGCGUCUUCACUGUCAAUCUCCAGCUCGGAAGAGGAUGAGCUCAAUGAGCGGAGUGGCCAAUCUAAGCAACGAGGAGAUCUCUCCCGACGAGUUCAUGAGAUGCGUGAUCUACGAGGACAGGUGAUGCGAUGGGUAGAAGCGGAUGAAAAGCCCGACGGCAACAAGCAUAAGCACCGGUACUUCUCUACCCGUGAACGCCCCGUAUCGACAGGUGCGAUCACCACUGAUCCCAAGACUGGGACAAGUCAACUCGCGACUUGA